AGAAAGGAGUAUUUUCAUUAUAAUAACAUGGAGGGACAGGCUCAUAAUGUCACGCUGAGGUGGGAGUAGAAGGGGUUUCUUUCCUCGCUCCCAGAGCCAUGGCCGAUUCUCCCGAUGUUCACGACCACUCUCCUCUCAGCGCUGACUUUGACUGCACCGCAGAUCAGAUUGAAGACACUGAGGCUCCUGAGUUAGAAAACUCCAGUCGGUGUUUGAACGGCCAACUGAUUCUCUGUGCUGCUGAAAACCAACACAAAUUAGACUUCUGGUUUUGUGAAGAAUGCAAGGAGUAUUUUGUGGAUGAGUGCCCUACCCAUGGACCCCCAGUCUUUGUGCCAGACACCCCAGUGCCGGAGGGCAUCCCAAACAGGGCUGCCCUCACCGCCCCCUCUGGCAUCGAGGUGAUUGAGGAGGGGGACGAGGUGGAUGUGUGUUGCGUCGAUAAAGGCUUCUCUAAAGGGGCCAUUUUCGGCCCCUAUCAGGGAGAGGUUGUGUCUCAGGACAAGUCUUCCGGAUUCUUCUCCUGGGUGCUCGUGGAUGAAAAUAACUUAUACAAAUCUAUCGAUGGCAGUGACGAAACCAAGGCAAAUUGGAUGAGGUACGUGCGUAACUCUUGCGAGGAGGCUGAGCGGAACCUGACGGCGUUCCAGCAUGGAGAGCACAUUUACUUCCGUGUGUGUCGGGAUCUGUGCAUGGGGGAGAGGCUGCGUGUGUGGUACAGUGACGACUACAUGGGCAGACUGCACAGCGUGGCACAAGACCAGGACGCCCCCGACACCAGCCUGUGUGCAGUUGUGAAAGACCAGCCGGUUUGGUCCAGCCCGUGGAACGUGACGGCCCGAGAUCGGGAGGCCACGCAGGCCCUGAUCGAGCAUUACGGCUCGCCUGAGAUCCAGUCUCUCCUGAGCGACCGGACCACCAGAACCAAACAGAUCUUCGAGAUCAUUGCGGAGCGCAUGGCGGCGCAGGGCUUCCUCAUCAGCGACCUGUCGGGCAAGGCGGGUGAACGCUGCUUCCAGAAGUGGCGAAACAUGGAACGCACGUACAAGGACUACGUGCUGGCGCGGAAGAAAACGGACGCGGGACGCAGGAAACAGCCCGAGUUUUUCGAGCAGUUCCACGCCCUCAUGGGACAGAGACUCAGCUCCAAACUGGCCGCCGCCGCCGACCCCUCGAGCCGCAACCUCAUGACGGUGAGUGUCCCGGGCACCGCCUCCCCUGAGACGGACGCCGUCGGCGAGCCGGAAUCCGCGAAACGAACCUCAAACACCGGAAGGGCCUCGUAUCCCAGGCUUCCGAAACCCAACCAGAGGAAAGAGGAGAGAGCGGAAAAACGAGUGCAGAAAAGGAGGAGGAGGUCCUGGCUCGGAGACAACAGAGCCACAGAGAACGGAGGGGUCUCCACGGUGUGGUCUGACAAACGGGUCACCAAUCAGGACAUCGAGGCUACAGAGGCCCUGGUGGAACUGUACGCCUCCCCAGAGAUCCAGGGCCUGAUACGCCAGAAUAAAACUCGCACCAAGAGGAUCUUUGAGAUCAUCGCCUCCCGACUGAAGGAGCAGGGCUUUCCCAUCAGCGACGUUCCCGAACGUGCCGGGGAACGCUGCUUCCAGAAGUGGCGGAACCUGGCCCGCGCCUACAAGGAGUACGUGCUGCACCCCGAACGGCCCGACUCCGCCAAAAAGAAGCCGCCGCCCUGUUUUCAGCAGCUGCAGGACUUACUGGGACACCGGCUGGAGGUGCAGCCUCGCGACCUGCCAUCUGAGGUGGAGGUGCACGCGUGUGAUGGAGAGGCCGGUCCCGAGACCGACGCGGAGAUGGAGGGAUCCAGUCAGACGCUGCUGAACAUUGUCGAAGUUCCGGCCAGUCCCAGCGAAGGGGCCAGCGUCACGGAACGGGUCGGCUGCGUGCCCGACGCCUCCUCGCAGGUCGGGAACCACGCCUUCCACGGGGCGGGCUCCGCCGCUAAACGCAGGCGGCUGGCCGACGCGGCCGAGCUGUUCCGUGGGUUUCGGGAAGAGGACAGGAUUCGGGAGUUGGAACGGGAGCACAGGGCGGAACAUCGGUUUCAGCAACUCAGGAUCCUGCUGCAGGAGCAGCACGCCGAGACGACCGCCCUUCUGAAAGAGCUGAUCUCCGCAGUCAAGAGCCAAAAACAGUGA